AUGGCAACUCCACAGUUCGUGUGCGCAAACUGGAGCGCCGACAACAAUGACUGCAAGAAAUUCGGUAACUACACUUGCAAAGGCUGCCAUCUCGUCGUGUACUGCGGUUCGGAAUGCCAAAAAUCCCACUGGGCUCUUCACAAGACAGAUUGCCAAUCGCCCCUGGGCAAUGAAACCUGGCGCCCCAACUGGGUUCUGGAGAACCGAAAACCGACAUUCAUGGCGGAUUUCACAAACUCGUUGCUCUCGUUUAGCCGAAAUAAGUGCCUUUGGGGAAACAUUCCCGCCAUCGACGUGCUUCAGCUUCAGUCAAACGAAGGUGUUGAUUAUGGAAACCCGAUGAAGCUUUUAUUUGCCGCUUCUGGAGAUCUUCGGAAUGUAGUCAAAACCAUUGCUCAGGUUCCUGGUGGCUAUACUAAGCCCAUCGAAGUUACCAUCAACGAUCACGAUCUUGAUGUGGUGGCACGCAACGCCAUUAUACUUCUUAUCACCCUCGUGUCCGACAACAUGGACGAGGCAGUCGACUGCAUGAUUCAUGUCUGGUACUCGGCUUUGAUUCGAAAGUCCGAUCUUGACAUGAUUCAGCAAAAGGUCCGGCCCCUUGUCGAGAAUAUUUGUGAAAAGAUCAAGGAUAAAAAUCCUGAUAGCAUCUUGGGGAAGACCUGGAAAUUCGGAAACCGUUCCCUGAGACUUGUGCUACGAAAGUCGCUAUGGGAUCGCCUUUUGGCCUACAUGACCGUUCCACAAGGCCUAACGGCCGAACGGGCGAGCCGUAUCCGCACGGCUGUUACCCUUGACGAAUCCAGGAAAGACUAUUUGGAUAUGCAUCUGCUUUUUCAGUCUCCUUACCGCCGAGUUGCGAAGCAUCGGUUUCGGGCAGACGGACUCCUUUUGCCCUUUGGGGCUCCGCGCCAUGAGUUCCAGGAGCCAAACCCGACGCUGUUCCAUGUUCCCGAUUCUUGGCCGAUGGCCGACUGUGCUGAUCCUCUCCAAGGAUGGUCUUUGAAGGACGUCGAAGACUGCUCUAGCGGGCCUGCGACUGCUGAUAUCUACGGCAAACUCUUCAAUCACAUUCGUACAAUGCUUCGAGCCUUCUUAAUCCGUGUUUCAGACUCGCAAAUAUCUCUUCAGUUGUUCUGUGUGGAGUUUGAAGAGCUCCCUACUCUUCUUGAGCACAGCUCCUUUAACCGAAUCGAGGUCUCCAAUAUGUCAGACAAUGUCUUUGCUGGAGUUCAUCACACAGCCUACAUGAUGGGAUCCUUGCUCCAGGCCCCUCUCACCAACCCGCAUGCCACUCUCAUCACUCUGUUCAGGAACGCCAUUGGAGAGACCAUGACUAUGCAGGACCGAAUGAUGGAUAUGUACACAUACCGCCCGGAGACGAAGCUCAUUGGUCAGUACUUCAAGCACAUAGGAGUAAAGCCCGGCUAUGAUCCCACGGCUGGGCCCAAGGUUGAUCCCAAGGCGAUCAUGUGGACUUAUGCUCAGGCGAAUCUUGCAGCCUAUGACCCCAUUUUCGAUCGAUUUAUGAAACACUGUAGGUUCUGGCAGGUGGGCCAGCUCUUUGGAGUGGUGGUGAAAGAUAAGCACACCGUGAUCGAGAAAUGGCCUUUCAGAUUGAAGCUCCAAUAUGGCCAGGCCGGAGCCCUGGAGGAACUCGUCCGGCUCACUGACGAGGUUGUCUUUGCAAAGGAGCGCUACGUGGAGUGGCGCAGACGUUAG